AUGAAGAUAAAGAGUUUAAAAACUAAUAAAUUUGCAUCCACUUCUAAAUUUAAUGGAAUCAGCUUGCUCCAAGUACAGUCAUCCAAAAGAAUGCAGGGUGGUAGAAAGAGGUCGAGUAUUAACGUUAUCCCUGGCUUUAACAAGAACCCUUCCAGGAUCGAUAGCAUUUAAGAACGGUGAAGCAUCAGUCAGCUCAUCUGGCAAGUGAACUAAAAUUAUGGGCAAAAACUGGAAGAACUGGGGAGGAAUGAAGGGAUAUUUGAGAAAGAAAAGCACAAAAAUUAGCACGUCCAUCGACACAGAUAUCCAAGAGAAUGAUGAACUCAUGAGAAUGAUUGACCAUAAUAAGUCUAGUUCAAGACUCAGAAAUGAGAAAAGCUCCCCUUUAAGAAGUCUAAACUCUAAAUGGAAUACAAAUAAAGCUCAAUUACCUCCUAAAUCUGAGCAUCGGGCAGGGGUACGGAGCAACCUGAUGGUGCCUACAAUUAAGGAUAAAAGAGUCUCUUUCAGCCGAUCCAGACAUAGUCAAGCUCCUUCUAAAGACUAUGUUGACUUGAUGACUAAGAUGAAUAUCUUGUCGUUACAAAGAAACAACAAAAUCAAGGAGCUAAAUGUUCUGGGCAAGGAAUGUAAACACAAAAGGGUCUUCUUUAGCGAAAAGCCCAAUCCUAAAUAAAUAUUGCAAGAAGAGCCUUACUAAGGACACAUUUGACAAAUAACUUAUAUGAAUUGAUAGAAGAUUCUCCAGAGAAUAAAAUGAAAUAAAAUCAAAAUAUUGAAAAAGAAUCUUCGUGGUAUUAAAAUGAAGAAAUCAUCUCCCCCAAAGUUGAAUGCAAACAAAGCAAGAAUGCUAAAAAUCACACCAAGCAGCGAUUUCGCUUUCUCUAAAUAAAAGCGUCCUGGAUGAUUUAUCAAUUUUAAAGGAGAUCACUCCUAAUAAACAAGAUACAAAACUCCUCAAGAAGAAAACAAGGUCGCUUUCAUCCAUAAGAAAAGUUACAUCUAAUUUCUAACGCCACUUCCUCAUCACUCAACGACAAAAUCACAAUAUCACUCAACAAGACUCGCCAAAACGCAUCUAUUCUGUCCCUCAAAAAGCCUCCAAGAUACAACUACGCUAGCAACGUUGCUUCAAGACUUGCUCACAAAGAGAAAGGUUUUGGAGAGUACGAUGACAAGAUCGACCAUGCCUUUGAGCUUGAAAGGCUCUAUCUUAAACACACCGGCAAACCUCCUGAUCUAGAACGGAUAAACACCCUUGACCGGAUAAUAGAGAAUCUAGCAAAACCGUACCAUGAGAAGUUCAAAGUUAGAAAUGAGGUUAUUAAGAGCAUGACUGAACUGAAUAAUGAAAUGGAUAUUGAUAGAGCGGAUUGUGGAUUCGACCAGAAUGACUCUUUUAUGCUUGAAAUGGGGUUGUAAGGAAAGAGAGAGCAUUUAA